AUGUAUAUUGACCCUCAGAAUAAAAACGAGGUCAGGAGGUUAAGUGUGUCUCCAAGACUUGAGGAAUCCGAACAACCGCUUUAUAGGAGCAAGAACAGUCAACUGGACUUGGAUAAUAAUAGACCAGGUCAACAACAAGAUAAAAAUAAUAGUGAAGAAGACGUUAGGAAGCAGCAGGGUAAUAUUGAGGAUAGCAUAGAUAAACUGAAUAAAAAGAUGUCGAAUGCAAAGUUGGAUGACAUAGAACAAAGGAUACGAAAUGGACCAGAUGGAGGAGAGGUGGGCGACCAAUUGAAAUUGGCUGGUAUUUCCAAACAAAGGACCGUUGCAAACGAAGAGAAUGAUUUAAAAAAGUUAGCUGUUCAUGGUAAAAAAACAGAUUGCAAAUAUACUCUAAGAGAUUUCCAAAUUCUGAGAACGUUAGGUACUGGUUCCUUUGGAAGAGUUCAUCUGGUACGUUCCAACCAUAAUGAUCGCUUCUACGCUUUAAAAGUGCUGAAAAAAUAUACGGUAGUGAAAUUAAAACAAGUUGAGCAUACAAAUGACGAAAGAAAAAUGUUAUCUGUAGUGGCUCAUCCAUUCUUAAUCAGAAUGUGGGGUACUUUUCAAGAUUGUGAACAAGUUUUUAUGGUGAUGGAUUAUAUUGAAGGCGGUGAGCUGUUUUCAUUAUUAAGGAAAUCCCAAAGGUUUCCAAACCCUGUGGCAAAGUUUUAUGCUGCAGAAGUUUGUUUAGCAUUAGAAUAUUUGCAUAGUAUGGACAUUAUCUAUAGAGAUUUGAAACCGGAAAAUAUUUUAUUAGAUAAAAAUGGUCAUAUCAAAAUUACAGACUUUGGUUUUGCAAAGUAUGUUCCAGAUGUCACAUAUACUUUAUGUGGGACGCCGGACUACAUUGCUCCAGAGGUUGUAAGUACAAAACCUUAUAAUAAAUCUGUUGAUUGGUGGAGUUUUGGCAUAUUAAUCUACGAAAUGUUGGCAGGUUACACUGCUUUUUAUGAUUCAACUACAAUGAAAACUUAUGAAAAUAUUCUAAACGCUCCAUUAAAAUUUCCUCCUUUUUUCCAUCCAGAUGUCCAGGAUUUAUUAUCCAAAUUGAUUAAUAGAGAUUUGAGCAAAAGGUUAGGAAAUCUACAAGGUGGAAGUGAAGAUGUUAAAAAUCAUCCUUGGUUUAGCGAAGUCAUUUGGGAAAAAUUAUUAUCGAGAAAUAUAGAAACACCUUACGAACCACCAAUUCAACAAGGAAAAGGUGAUACGUCUCAGUUUGAAAGAUAUCCAGAAGAAGAAAUCAACUAUGGUAUACAAGGUGAAGACCCCUAUAAUGUAUUGUUUGAAGGUUUCUAA